UAAGAAACUGUUCUUAACGUUUUGCCUGGUAAAGGUUAAAUAAAAAUAAAAAAUAAGCCUUUUCUAACACCUUGACAUUUCAAGUUAGGCUUGCUUAUGUCAAUAAGCCACAGUGAGGCAUAUAAUGAAUGACAAUAAUGAAACAGGUGCACUGAAUUUUAAUUUGCACAAACAUGUUACAGACCACACUUCAUAGCAAAAAAAAAAAAAAAAAAGCUCAUUACUAGACGAGGAUGUUGUUGAAAAUGGUGUGUUUGGAAACACAGGGACAUUUCGGUUUAACUGCUGAGUUGACCUGUAGCCAUGUCAUUUAUACUAAAAUAUGUCUAUAUGCCGGUUUAGUUUUUUUCCUCCCUAAAACAAGAUCUAUUGUUACACAUUUAUCAGUGAAACACAACAGCUCUAACGACUUAAAGAUUAUAUCUCGAAACAUUUGCUUGGUAGUACCAAGUUUUCCCUUUAUUAUUGAACGCAACUGUCGCGCACGUUGAUGACGAGACAGGGACUCUUUACUGUGAUUGGUUGUUGGGUUGAACGCGUUUAUUUGAGCGUCGCAAACCGUUCUAAGCUAAYCGUAGGAUGGCACUGCCAGAGUUGUAGCUUCAGAAUUAGUAAUAAACAUAAUGUUACUUUGUUUUCUACCACAUUGACUAAACUACAACUGAGGUAAAUUCGAUAAUGUUUCAAAUCCGUUUGACUCAAUGAAACACGUUGCGGUUAAAAAGUUUUAGUUUCCUUAACGACUAGUUAGCAAAGGCUUGCUACUAGGUAGUAACUGCGUUAUUUUUAAGCCGACCAACUUGUGAAUUUAUUAGGUCUGGACAGGACAAAACAGCGAACACAAUGAUUAAGUGUUUGCCCACGGAGGUUCAGGAGAAACUUCGCUCCGGGGUYGCCAUCCCCUCGCUGCAGCAGUGCGUGGAGGAGCUCAUCCUGAACAGCAUCGACGCCGGGGCGACCUGUGUGGGCGUUAGGAUGGACAUGGAGGCAUUUAAAGUUCAGGUCAUCGACAACGGCUCCGGGAUGACUGCCGAGGACAUGACACGCGUGGGAAACAGAUACCACACCAGCAAAUGCGGCUCCGUGGAAGACCUGGACAACCUGAAGUGGUACGGCUUCAGAGGAGAAGCCUUGGCGAGUAUAGUUUCUCUGGCCACGCUUGUUGAAAUCUCAUCCAGGACCAGACUGUCGGUGAAAACACACGUUAAGCUGUUCAGGAGUGGGAAGGGUUUGGAUGUGUUCGAGGCUGAAACUGUCCGACCAUCUGCGGGGACCACKGUUACCAUUUGUAACUUCUUUCACAACAUGCCGGUCCGGAGGAAGAGGGUCGAUGGUGUCCUCGAGGGGGAGAGGAUCAGACACAGGAUCGAGGCGGUUUCUUUAAUGCAUCCUUCCGUCUCCUUCACCCUGAAGAAYGACUGCACGGGGGCCAUGAUGGUGCAGCUGGCCAAAGCCAGGAGCACCUAUCACAGGUUUGUUCAGAUACACAGCCUUGCGCGAGGSGAGAAACUGGGAGAAAUCAACUAUACGCACAAACAGUUUGAAGUGACUGGUUACCUCGGCAAAGCGGGACACUACAGUAAUAGUUUACAGUACYUGUAUGUAAAUGACAGGCUGCUGUUGAAAACACGGAUUCACAAACUGCUCAACUUUCUUCUACGCAGACUGAGCAGUUCAAACCAGAAAAACGAAAGCCYGGAUGUCCUCAAGAGUCCAAAACACAGGCGAAACCAGGAGCAAUACGGAGUAUAUAUCAUCAAUAUAAAAUGCUCUUAYUCGGAGUACGAUAUUUGUCUCGAGCCUGCCAAAACCCUUAUCGAGUUCAAAGACUGGGAUGGGGUUUUGCUAUGUGUUGAGGAAGCAGUAAGAGCUUUUCUGAGGAAAGAGAACUUGGUGUCUCUGUUUUCUCAAGAUGACUUGGACUGUAUAUCUUCUAAAGUGUUUAGUACGGACAUAACGGACAAAGAGAUGGAAAGUGAAAAAGGUGGCCACACGUCUGCCGGGACUUCCACCCUGGAAUGCAGUGUAGGGAUGAAGCUGGCAUCUGAACUUGUUCAUCGCAGGCACACAGGUGACAAUGUUUGCGUUGAGGCUGGUCUGACGGACUGCAGCUCUGACCAGACUGAACACAAGCAGAAAGAAAUGAUAUCAAAUGAGUUUAAAAAGACACCACAGUGUGAUCUAAAGCAUGCAUCUCCCAGUAUUAAUAAGGAGGAGCCAAAUUUCAGUGAAGGUUCAGAAAUUUUACACACGCCAAACACAUCAGAAWGUCGACUGUUAAAGGAAAAAGAGUCUGAAUUGAAUAAUAUAACUUUAACCAGUGAUAUAAAUUCUAUUCACAGCCUCAUUCAGCCUGAUUUAAGUUGUACUAAAGAAUACCCGCAAUCUGCUGGCAGGAUUGAACAACCUUCAGUAAAUAAACAAAAGAUCAGUUUGUCUGACCCGUACAUUCACAAGAGYCUGCAGGUUCAGGACCAGUGUCAAACAAGAAAACUGGGAUUUCAGAUGCAAGAUUUGGUAGCAAACUGGGGAGGAAAAACGUCAAAGCGCAAAAUCUCUCUGGAAGUGGAUAAAGACAGAACUUCUCAGAAACGUUUUGCUCCUUCAARGUUUACCAAAGUUCACUCUAGUCWGAAACUGUCCACAUUCGGGGAGUCCGGAUCCCUUGACAAGUUCAGACGAACAUACGUUAAAUCCAGUGAAAUUACAUUCCCACGUCCUCGUUUACAGAGAAACGCUGAACUCGCUCAGGUAAAAGGCUUCGCAGAGAAUCGUGGGAGUAUGUCUGUUUGCAARGACACCCUACAACUGGGUCAAGUCACAAAGACGGGGGAGGGCGACACGGGUAGCUUCCAAAGCACACCAACCCUCUCAGUUGGCAAAGAUMAGAGAAAAGGUAAAAUAUCAUUAGCAGCUAAACUUAGCCAUUUAAAACAACAUGGGGCAGAAAAUGUAGAACUCUCAGAGCACCUUUCAAGGAAUACCUCAGAUGAGAAAAACUGUCCUGAUUGUGAUAACGACUGUGUACAAGARAGUAACGACAACCAGAAUCCCCAGGACUCUACGGUGCAUUUUGAUCCARUGUUAGACUGCAAUAAGAAUCCUCAAUUAGACAGGAAUGAAGAGGACAUAACAUGGAAUGACUGGCUGCAUCAUUUCGAUGAGUCUGUUGGAAAGACAGUGUAUGUCAACAGAAUGACGGGGCUCAGCAGAUACGAGGAUCCAGCUGCAGAAGACACACGUGUGCGCUGUACGUCCGACGUGACCAACAUGGCAGUCAGUGUCAUCUCAGAGAUGGGGAUGGAAUACAGGUGUUACCCCUUUCAGGUGGAMUCAGUUUUGCCUUUUCUGCCUAAGUCCAGACCAGAAAGAGUGAUUAGCUCAGGGACUGAUUGUAGAGAUGAUGCUGGUGAGAGCUCCAACUCACUCUCUUCAYUAUAUUCCAAAUGGAAAAAUCCUGUCUUUGUCCGCCCUCCUACAGUUGGUUUGGAUAUUUCCAGUGGGCAAGCUGAUGGUCUGGCUGUAAAAAUCCACAACAUCCUCUUUCCUUAUCGCUUUUCUAAGGCCAUGAUUCACUCAAUGAAGGUUAUUCAUCAAGUGGAUAAAAAGUUCCUUGCAUGCCUAAUCAACACAAGAGAUGAAGACUCUGCAGCACAGAGUGAAACUGAAAGAAAUCUAUUGGUGCUGGUGGAUCAGCAUGCUGCACAUGAGAGAGUUCGCCUGGAAAGUUUAGUCGCAGAUUCAUAUGAGGAUGACCCAGAUGUCCUCRGGGAGAGACGUCUCUGUUCAUCAACUAUUUGGCCACCUCUGGAGAUCAGCGUAACGGAGGAAGAGCUUCGGCUGCUUAGAUCCUGUCAGCCACAUUUGAGGAGUUUGGGUCUAGAUGUUAGUUUCUCCCAAACAGCAGCUCCGCUUGUGUUUGUUGGGAAGGUUCCACUUUGCUUCAUGGAGAAAGAGAGCAACGAGCUGCGGCGAGGGAGGCCGUCUGUCAUCAAGCCUGUUGUCGAGGAGUAUCUCCGAGAGCAGAUUGAGUUACUUCGCUCUACAGGCAGAGUAAAAGGAACUUUGCCUCUCACUGUUCUGAAAGUGCUUGCUUCACUCGCAUGUCACGGUGCCAUUAAAUUCAACGACGCUCUGAGCAGAGAUGAAUGCUGCAGCCUUGUAGCAUCCUUAUCUUGGUGCCAGCUGCCGUUCCAGUGCGCCCAUGGCCGACCGUCCAUCGUUCCCCUCGUAGACCUCCUUCAUUUGGACAACAACCAGAAGGAUAUCCAGAAGCCCAACAUGAGAAAGCUACGAAGAAUGUACAAGGCGUGGGAGCUGUAUGGAAAUAAAUAAAAACAAAGGUGUGCUUUUA